CUGUCUAAGAACAACGUACUUGCAAAAAAAAAUUCUGUAAUUGCUGUUACUGCUGUUGUCACUGUUGUUGUUGUUGUUGUUGUUGUUGUUGUUGUUAUUGCUACUCAAAAAAGAACACCUGCUUUUCGAUCUCUUCCUGGAACUACUGUUACUGCUGUUGCUGUUGCUGUUGCUGUUUCUGUUGCUGUUGCUGUUGCUGCUGCUGCUGCUACUGCUCCUGCUAUUGUUAAUUUUUGCUGGUUUUCGGUGUUGGUUGUUGUACAAUAG